AUGCUGGACGAGGGCGUUGCUCGCCAACUCGGAAUACACGGAAAACCGGAGUUUUUAGAAAUUCAGUGGCUUAAUAACCAAAGCGUAAGCGAAAAAACUGAAAAAAUUAAUCUGACAAUUAGUGGUGUCGGUGAGUACAACAACAAGUACCCGAUAACCAAUGUUUACAUUUCGUCCAAUCUGUCAUUGCCAAUACAGAGUUGCCAUCUAGCUCAUUUAAUUAAAUCCCGUGAAAUCGACCAAAUCGCCGAAAUCCCAUUCCGGGAUUAUUCGAAUGUUCAACCUAAACUAAUAUUAAGCUUGCAACAUUCAUUUUUGACAGUUCCCUUGGAAGCUCCUCGUAUGAUGACCGAUGUUGGACCAACGAGAUUAGGCGCCGUAAUAUAUGGACCGAUCCCAGGCGAGAAGAGUUCCAAUCUUAAGCGGGCUUUACACGUUAGGAAACGUUUCGAGGAAGAAAAUUGUGACUUGCUUCAGGAAAUGCAUACCAUGAUGCGGCAAUAUUUCGACGUGGAGACAUUGGGUACCAAGGGAAUUUCCUGUAGCCGUGUGCGGAGAUAUACAAGAGAUGUUCCACCAAAUUGUUAUCGCCAAAGAAGAUCAGGACAGUCAGCGAUUUCUAUGGAGAAAUGGGGAUCCCAGUCAACCCUUAGAAACUUAUGUAAUGGAACGGAUGAUUUUUGGAGCCACUUGUUCGCCCACCAUAGCCCAAUAUGUGAAAAACCUAAAUGCCCGAAGGUUUAUAAAUGAGUCGCCAAGAGCAGUACAAGGAAUCAUCGAUCGUCAUUACGUAGACGAUUACGUCGACUGUUUCCAGACUGAAGGUGAGGCAGUUGAUGUGGUACGUGAU